UCCCCUGGAGAAUCCAGGAGGGGUUUCCCUUGGGGUACGUUGUAGACGCUCAGUAGUGAAUGCUUGAUUUGGGGGCCAUGGAGCAGCUGGGAGGAGCGUGGGAUCAGGCUGGCAGAGCCGACCCCACAACAGCCCCAGCAUCCAUGACUGAAAUCAGCCCUACAUCCCAGAUGAGGACACAGGCUUGAGGGGAGCACUUCAGCUACAACUGCAGAGCCAGGACUCACCCCCGAGGCUCUGCCUGGAAGGGGUGCCCCUCCUUGUGGAGUGCAGGGCCCCGGAGGCCUCAGAGUUCUGAUCUGCACUGAUGUCACUGAGGGGCCCGCCGGGACCCUGGGGUGGGCAAUGGUUAGGAGCACAGAGUCAGGACUGAGGGGCUGGGCCUGUGUGGGAAUCCAGGCCCCUCCACUAACCCCCUCUGUGGCCCUGAGCAUGUCGCUUACCCUCUCAAAGCCUCAGGCUCCUAUCUGUAAACUGGGGCUGAGAGCCCCACCCCUGCCAGGGAUGCAGCGGUCAGGAUGCCCGUGGCGUGGAGGGCAGUGUGCGUUGGUUAUUAUCAUCGCAUGGCUCCAUCCCACGCCAGACCUCCUCGGCUCUGCCCAGUGCACCUUCGUAAUUCCCAGUGUCUGGCUCCCACCCUCAGCCCACGUGACAGCCAGAGGCGGCUUUGGAGCAGCCUAAAUCAGAGUGUGGUUGUGCCCUGCUCGAAGCUGCCUAACAGCUCCCUGGUGCCCACAGAAUAAAACCCUUGCUCUUCCUCAUCCUGUAAGACCAUGCCCUGUCAGCCCCGUGCCCUCCCACCCUCUUCCCCCUCCAUCUCCUCCUCACUUACCUACUCCAGCCUCAGUGGCCUCCAUACUUCCUAUAGCGCAUGGCCUCCUGCCUGCCCCGGGGCCUUUGCACCUCCUAUGCCCUCUGCCCAGAAAUCUCACCUGUGCGUCCUCACAGGGCUGCCAGGACCCAUCCUUCAGGUCUCAGCUCAGCUGCCGCCUCCCUGGGUGUGAGUCGUCACCAGCACGCUCUGGGUAAAGCUCUUGGCCCAGUGCAUGCAGCUGCUGCACCCGGGAGACGGUGUGAGACUUUCCAGGGGCUCCACAAUGCGAGCCCCUGCCCCACGAGUCACACAGCUAAGAGGCUGGAGUGGGAGGUUGCCUGGUGGACCUGAGUCAGGAUGGCCCCCACACUCUCUCCCCUUCAUUCUUGGAUGCUCGCCUGGUUUCUCUAAGGUUCAGCAAGGGGGCUGAGUUGGAGAUGUGCCGGGUGGGAGAGAACGGCCCAAGACUGAGGGACACCAGCCCGUUUCCCAGCCUGCUGAGGGAUGCCCAAGAAGUUCCAGGGCGAGAACACCAAGUCGGCAGCGGCCCGGGCACGGAGGGCUGAGGCCAAGGCGGCAGCUGAUGCCAGGAAGCAGAAGGAGCUGGAGGAUGCCUACUGGAAGGACGAGGACAAACACGUCAUGAGGAAGGAGCAACGCAAGGAGGAGAAGGAGAAGCGGCGCCUGGAGCAGCUGGAGCGCAAGAAGGAGACGCAGCGCCUGCUGGAGGAGGAGGACUCUAAGCUCAAGGGCGGCAAGGCCCCCCGGGGGGCUGCUCCCAGCAAGGUCACCCGCGCCCAGAUUGAGGAGACGCUCCGCCGGGACCACCAGCACAAGGAAGCCCCGGACCCAGCCGAGAAAGCCAAGAGCCACUUGGAGGUGCCGCUGGAGGAGAACGUGAACCGUCGGGUGCUGGAGGAGGGCAGCGUGGAGGCGCGCACCAUUGAGGAUGCCAUCGCCGUGCUCAGCGUGGCGGAGGAGGCGGGCGACCGGCACCCCGAGCGGCGCAUGCGGGCGGCCUUCACCGCCUUCGAAGAGGCGCAGCUGCCGCGGCUCAAGCAGGAGAACCCCAACAUGCGGCUGUCGCAACUGAAGCAGCUGCUCAAGAAGGAGUGGCUGCGCUCGCCCGACAACCCCAUGAACCAGCGGGCCGUGCCCUUCAACGCCCCCAAGUGACCCCGGAACUGAGGGAGCCGCCCCGCGGGCGGUCAGCGUCGUGACCCCACAUGCCCUCCCGCUGGGGCAUCUCCGAGGGUGACAGAGAGGUUCAGGGCCCCGGUGCGUGUCCUGGCGGCGAUGUGGCAUCAUCGGCCACUCCUGCUCAAGGGUCCCUGCUCCGAGUGACACCUCCCUUCUCACGCGCGCAGAGCCCUGGGCUGAGUGCCCAAUAAAGGCUGUCGGUGAGGCA